UGCUGACACGCGAGUUUGCGUCCGACGAUGUCAUCAAAAUAAACCACCGUGAUAUAUAAAUGCAGUUGUGCGUUACAGCGAACUUUGUUUGGUCAUCCUCGGACAACAGUCACGGAAUAGCAGACAUCAAAGCUAUAUUAUGACGCUGCGAUAGAGUGAGAGAGAGAGAGAGAGAGAGAUACAAAGCAGCAGUGGACGUCUCGAUGUAGCGCAGUGCGGAUUAAUCGCAAGACUGAUAAGCAGAAUAAAAGAAGCGAUAGCUGCGACACAGAGAGGCGGUGCAAAUAGUUGUGUUUAUAGCGCCUUUAUUCGGAAUUUUGGGCGGUGGGAAUCGCUGUGUUUUUUAUCAACGCGCAGCUACUUGUCGAAGCGGUGAUUCAAAUUAUAGAUUCAUGCGACGUAAACAAAUGUCGCUGGGAAUCAUAAUGCGACGAAACACGAUGAUGCUGAUCGCCGUCCUGGCUGUGCUUGGACUGCUGAAUUCGGUGGUUGGAUUGGUGAAGUAUCAACCCGAGGCCGUUCAUUUGUCUUUCGGAGAUGAUGUUCACGACAUUGUUGUUACAUGGAGCACGAAACAGGAUACUGGAGAGUCGAUUGUUGAAUAUGGCAUAGGAGGCAUGAUUCUCACAGCAACUGGUAACUCUACUCUCUUUGUCGAUGGAGGCAAGAAAAAACACCAACAGUACAUACACAGAGUGUGGUUGAAAGAUCUGACACCUGGCAGUAAAUACGUUUAUCACUGCGGUAGCCCUCUUGGUUGGUCUGACAUGUUUUACUUCGAGACUGCACCCGAAGAUCAAGAGAACUGGUCACCGGAGCUUGUCAUAUUUGGCGAUAUGGGCAAUGAAAAUGCUCAGAGCUUGGGUAGACUCCAAGACGAGACUCAGCGUGGCUUAUAUGAUGCUGUUAUUCAUGUGGGUGAUUUUGCCUACGACAUGAAUACUCACGAUGCAAGAGUGGGCGAUGAGUUCAUGAAACAAAUUCAGAGUGUUGCGGCUUACUUGCCUUACAUGACUUGUGCUGGUAAUCAUGAAGAGAAAUACAACUUCAGUAAUUAUAGGGCUAGAUUUACAAUGCCUGGAGAUUCUGAAGGCUUAUUUUACAGUUUUAAUAUGGGACCCGUUCAUUUUGUAGCGAUUGAAACUGAAGCUUAUUAUUUUAUGAAUUAUGGACUGAAGCAGCUAGUCAAACAAUACGAGUGGCUAGACAACGACCUCACCGAGGCCAACAAGCCCGAGAACAGAGCUCAGCGACCCUGGAUCGUGACGUUCGGCCACAGACCGAUGUACUGCAGCAACGCCAACGCCGACGACUGCACCAAUCACGAGACGCUCGUGCGCGUCGGUCUGCCCUUCUUCAACUGGUUCGGCCUGGAGGAUCUGUUUUUCAAGCACAAGGUCGACCUGGAAAUUUGGGCCCACGAGCACAGCUACGAGCGCCUAUUUCCCAUGUACAAUUUUCGCGUGCAGAAUGGCAGCCGCUCGGCACCCUACACGAAUUACCGAGCGCCCGUGCACAUAAUCACCGGCUCCGCUGGUUGCAAGGAGGGCCGAGAAAAGUUCGUCCCGCGGCAGCCGUCGUGGUCGGCGUUCCGGAGCUCGGAUUACGGCUAUACCCGCAUGAAGGCGUACAACAAGACCCAUUUGUAUUUGGAGCAGGUAUCCGACGACAAAGAGGGCGAAGUCAUUGACAGAGUUUGGUUGAUCAAAGAUGACAUUUUACCCAGAUACGUUGACGUACCGAUGAAAAACUAAAGAGACCAAGUUUCUGCGACAUCGAUAUCUUUAAUUUAUGUUUUAACUUUUCAAAGUAUCGAUAUGUACAUAAUAUCUGUGAUUUAAUCUUAAAAUGCUUUGUAAAAGUAUUUUUUUUUCUUGCAAUUGAAGGAUUAUUAAAAGGUGACUUGGUAUUUUAUGCUCAAGUCGUUUUGAGUUCGUCGCUCUUGUUAUCCUCACAUAUUUUCAAAAGUAUUUUUCAUCAUAUAAUCACGUGGUUAA